GAGCGCCAAGGCCGGUACUCAUCUAAAGCGUCGGGCGGCACAACCUACAAAUAUCCAGUUCCCCUAAUCACAUAUCGUCAAUCUGCGUGUCUUUGAUCAGGUAUCGAUCUCUUCACCUAGUGAGUUUUCCCUCUUCGCCAUGCAUUCAGCGUCAAUUUUGGCCGGGCUUCUGGGCUGCGCGGGGCUGGCGAGCGGGUGUCUCCUCCCUGAGGAACGUGACGGCUUGCCUCGUAUUGUUCCCAGGCAGUCGAACACUGGGACCCCGAUUGGAACCGGUGACCGGUUCAGCGGCGGCAGUGUCGCCCCGCAAGGCUUGGGCACUCGUGCUUCUAGCACCAGCUUCUCCACGAUCUUGAGUGCGGCCGAGGUCAAGAGUGGGUUCGAUGGUCUGGCCAACACGUACGGCCUGGAGACAUUCACCACUCCGUACAAGACCUAUGGGGGAGCUACGAUCUUUGGUGGGAAGGUUGGAGGUACCGGUACAUGCAAUAAAGCUUAUCGGGUCUACUUCAACGGUGGAAUUCACGCGCGCGAGCGAGGCUCCUCAGAUGGAGUUCUCUACUUCAUCUCAGACCUGCUUUAUGCCAACAAGACCGGGUCCGGCUUAACCUACGGCUCAAAGAGCUAUACCAACGCUCAGGUAAAGACGGCCCUGGCCGCAGGGAUUGUCUUCGUUCCCUUGAGCAACCCCGACGGCGUCGCAUACGAUCAGUCCACGAACAGUUGCUGGCGCAAGAACCGCAACCCGAAUUCCGGGACAGGAAGCUCGUCCGUUGGGGUUGACUUGAACCGGAACUUUGAUUUCCUCUGGGAUUUCACCAACAAAUUUGCUUCGAGUGUUCAGUCGAGCGUUGCCUCCACCAGCCCUUCGUCUGAGACGUAUCACGGAACCAAGGCAUUCUCUGAGCCAGAGACACAAUCCAUUAAAUGGGUAUUGGACACGUACUCGGCUGUACGUUGGUUUGUCGACCUACACUCGUAUGCUGGAGAUGUGCUCUACAGCUGGGGAAGCGAUACGAACCAGAACAAGUACAGCUACAUCAAUUUCCUCAACUCUACCUACGACGGAUACAACACGCGUGGGGUCUUGACCGACACUCCGGGCUCCGGACGUGCAUACGGAGAGUACACUCCAGCAGCCGAGAACACCGCCAACGUUCAGGCUGGGACGCGGAUGGCCUCCGCUAUGAGUGCGGCAAGUGGGCGUUCGUACACUGCGAUGCAAGCAGCCGCCCUCUAUCCCACCUCGGGUGCCAGCGAUGACUACUCAUAUUCGCGGCACUUUGCCAACCCAAGCCUAAACCUCGUACACGGUUACACUGUCGAAUUCGGGUUCGGCAAUUCCGGCGCUUCGUGCCCAUUCUACCCGACUGUUUCACAGUACAACACCAAUCUGCGAGAGGUCGGCGCUGGCUUCAUGGAGUUCCUCCUCGCAGCCACUGAUCUUGGCCUCGGUGGUGGUUGCUAA